GGGACGCGGAGCUGCGCGGGCCAGUCGGCCGGAAGUUCAGCCCAGCGCCUGGAAAGGAGCGGCCCGAGCGAGAACGGACGCGGCCGGGUCCGCGCGGUAAAACUCGCUGGCACAUCAUGAAGUACUAACGUGAACUUAACUGAGGGUAAAAUAUAUCUCUUGGUGCAAUUUCCUCAACAGACUAUUAAAGAAUGUUUGUUCCAAGAUCAUUGAAAAUCAAGAGGAAUUCUAAUGAUGACCUCAAAGGCUGUGUAGGUAAGAAAAGUAAGCCAGAAGCGGAAGCCGUUCAGCUGGACAGUGCUGGAGCCAUUCCAGUUCACGCUUCAGUUACCAAAGAAGCUGUCGCUGCCGACAGGCCCAGCAGUGCCUCAAGCCCCUCAUCCAGGCCCUCUGACCAGUUGGCUGAGGCUUGUUUGGUAGGACCUGAACAGGGUGCAAAGGACAGCGUUCCUUCCGAAGAGCCUGUGAAGUCAUUUUCCAAAAGCCAGCGCUGGCCGGAGCCUGGGGAGCCCGUGUGCGUUGUCUGUGGUCGCUACGGGGAGUACAUCUGCGAUAAGACUGAGGAGGAUGUGUGCAGCUUGGAGUGCAAAGCGAAGCAUCUGUUGCAGGUUAAGGGAGAGGAGCAGUCGCCGAAGGCCAGCAGCCCGCAGAGAGCUGCUUCCGAGCCUGAGUCCCCACUGGGUGCCUUUUAUGUCUAUAGAGAGCACCCAUUUAUUGGGGCCCUGAGAGAGGACCAGAUUGAAACACUCAAACAGCAGCUGGGUAUCUCGGUUCAAGGACAAGAAGUUGCCAGACCCAUUAUUGAUUUUGAGCACUGUGGCUUCCCUGAGACCUUAAAUCAGAACUUGAAAAAGUCGGGCUACGAGGUGCCAACUCCCAUCCAGAUGCAGAUGAUCCCUAUGGGGCUUCUGGGAAGAGACAUUCUUGCCAGCGCAGACACCGGCUCAGGAAAAACAGCUGCUUUCCUCCUUCCCGUUAUCAUCCGAGCUUUAUUCGAGGACAAAACUCCAUCAGCACUCAUUCUUACACCAACGAGAGAACUGGCCAUCCAGAUAGAGAGGCAAGCCAAGGAACUGAUGAGUGGUCUGCCACGCAUGAAGACGGUGCUUCUCGUGGGGGGCCUGCCUUUACCCCCACAGCUCCAUCGCUUGCGCCAGCAGGUGAAGGUUAUCAUAGCAACCCCCGGACGACUUCUGGAUAUAAUAAAACAGAACUCCGUAUCACUUGGUGCCAUAAAAAUUGUGGUAGUAGACGAAGCCGACACCAUGUUGAAGAUGGGCUUUCAACAGCAAGUGCUUGACGUUUUGGAAACCACUCCUGCUGAUUGUCAGACCAUCUUGGUUUCUGCCACGAUCCCAGGCAGCAUAGAGCAGCUUGCAGAGCAGCUUCUGCACAACCCUGUGAGGAUUAUCACUGGGGACAAGAACCUGCCCUGCCCCAGCGUGCGGCAGAUCAUCCUAUGGGUAGAAGACCCAGGCAAAAAGAAGAAGUUAUUUGAAAUCUUAAAUGAUAAGAAGCUCUUUAAACCUCCAGUGUUAGUAUUUGUGGACUGCAAACUAGGUGCAGAUCUGUUGAGUGAAGCAGUUCAGAAAAUCACAGGUCUACACAGCACGUCCAUCCACUCAGAGAAGUCUCAGCUGGAAAGGAGAGACAUACUGAAGGGAUUACUGGAAGGAGACUAUGAGGUGGUGGUGAGCACAGGAGUCCUGGGCCGAGGACUGGACUUGGUCAACGUCAAGCUGGUUGUGAAUUUUGAUAUGCCUUCAAGCAUGGAUGAGUAUAUUCAUCAGGUCGGCAGGGUGGGGAGACUCGGUCAAGAUGGAACCGCGAUUACUUUUAUCAAUAACAACUCUAAACGGCUCUUCUGGGAUGUUGCCAAAAGAGUGAAGCCCACAGGAUCCAUCCUCCCCCCACAACUGCUAAAUUCCCCUUACCUUCAUGAGCAGAAGAGGAAGGAGCAACAGAAAGACAAACAGACACAGAGCAACCUGGUCACGGGGGCUAACCUCAUGGACAUUAUCAGGAAACAUGAAAGGAGCAAUUCACAAAAAUGACCUGGUAUGCCACUUCCAGCAGGCUUUACUAUGUAUUAUCAGUAAAAUUUCUAAUAACUGCUAUAUGAUUGAGUAAAUAAAAAUGUACAAGGAACAAGCUGGGUGGCGGUGGUGGCGCACGCCUUUAAUCGCAGCACUCAGGAGGCAGAGGCAGGCGGAUCUCUGAGUUUGAGGCCAACUUGGUCUACAAGAGCUAGUUCCAGGACAGGCUCCAAAGCUACAGUGAAACCCUGUCUCGAAAAACAACAACAACAACAAAAAAUGCACAAGGAACUGGACAGUGGUCGCACACGACUUUAAUCCUAAUAUUCAGAGGUGGAGGCAGGCAGAUUUCUAUGAUUUCAAGACCAGCCUGGUCUAUUGUGUGAGUUCCAGGACAGCCAGGAUUGUUAGUUUUUCUUAGGGGGAUAAAAGGCUAAAAAAAAUAAAAAAAAAACUGCAAGGAACAGAGGAAUCUUUAAGAUCUUUUUUAAAUUUAAUAAAAUUUGUACAGUAAUAGUGUAUUUAUUUCAAUUCACAACUUUGUUAUUAAAAAUAAAAUCAGAAGAUAAAUUGCUUUAAAAAAAAUGCAGUUUGUGUCCUCUGACCAGCAUUCUCUGUUGUUUAAAUAGGUCGUUCCCUGAGCUAUUGCUGUCAGGGCAGGACCCUCCCUCCCCAGCACGGGCUCCUGCCCUGCCCCAGCAGCACCAGAAGCACACUGAGGCUUGAGUCCUUGUUGGAUGGUUAGGAAGAAAGUGAAUGAUUGCAACGUGAAACUCCAAAGUGCUUUGAAAAGAAGUACAAAUGUCUAGUUUUGUUCCCAGUUGCUUUCCCUUUGGCUUGGUUAGCAACUUUUAAAACUUCCUCCCCAAAUGGUUCUACCAACAGGAGAUCAAGCAGUCGAAUGUAUGAACCUCUGGGGCCAUUGGCUUUCUUUUCAUUAAAAACCAGUAGCAUUUGUUGGGGAAAUUUAGGAGCAGUCAUACAGGCGUUGAGGUGGAACUUUGAGCUAAAGCAUCUUCCCUGAGCUGUCACAAACGAGUGCCUGAUGCAGUGUGCAUCCCUCGGACUCUGUGUCUGUGUGCAUAUUUAUGUACGCAUAACCUCAAGGGAGCCUGGGAAGCCAAGGAUUCAGAGUCCCAAGUGCUACCUACAGCAAGGAUGCUGCAGGGGUGAGCUGCGUGCUGAUAAUUUCUGGGCAGCGGGACAGCUGAGUCUUGUUUGCUUGUUUGUUUUAAACUAGAUUCAAAGUUAUUUUAAGGAAAAUUGGGGUAGCCAAAAAAGUAAGAUGACUUUCUGAAUCAACCCUUCUGGGAAAGUCAGGUGUAGUAAGUAGCUCAUUCAUGCCUGUAAUCCCAAGAAUUAGCAGUCUGAGGCAGGAGGAUCACUGCCAGUUUAAGACCAGCUUGGCCUACAAAGUGAGACCCUUUUUUAAAAAUCAAACAAAGCAACAGCAAAUGAUGAAAAUAUAUUUGAACAAACAAGCAAACAAUACCACAAGUGGUAAGGUGACUUCACUGGUAAUUUAAACUCAGCUGCUUCUGUCCCACUGCUGUGUUCCAGCGGCCUUUCAGCUGGCUGUUGAUCUCCUUAGGACCCACUGUAAGCUUAAUAAUUUGUUGUGUGGAGUAGCUGAGAGGUGCGGUGGAGGAGGAAAAGAGCUUACAUCCCAGAUGAGAACUGAAUUCAGGGCCUGAGUCCCUGGAGGGGGAGCCCACUGUUAGUGCACCCCCUGUCCUGAGUCCCAGGAGGGGGAGCCCACUGUUAGUGCACCCCCUGUCCUGAGUCCC